UUCCAUGCCAUUGCUGGUGACCACAAAGAUGGGACCCUCGUGCCGGGCCCGGAACCAGUCCAUGGCCUGCUGGAGCUAUUUUGAGAGCACCUGUCUGGGCCUCAGAAGCCACUCUGGUGAAAGAAACACCAGGAUUGCAUCAGGAGCAGGAGGCCAAAGGAGGAGCAGGAUUUGAACAUCUGGGCAGGAGCCAGAAAGGGUGAGGUUGGCCUGGGACCCAGGGGAAGAUUCGAGGCCGGGACACCAGCUCCUGACUACUUUUACAAGGCAGGAGCAGCUUUUCUCAGAUUAAGUGUUAAGACUCUCCUUUCUACAGAACAGAGAAAUUCAACGGGGACAAAAAUUCCACUUGUGGAAUUAAAUCAGCAUCUGUCACCCAGGGAGGCUGUUUGUUUUCAGAAUCCCUAACCCUCAGACCCAGAGCUCUAGGCCCAGCUUCCUUCCUGUGGCCCAGGAGUCCAGGACCAGUCCCCCCUCAGACCCAGGCCCUAGGCCCAAGCCCCCUGUCUCUUAGACCGGGAGUUUGAGACUCCAGAUCCUCCUCCCGCUGGUCCUGGAAUCAUGGCCGUGCCCCUUGCACCCCAGUCCCAAUGAAUCAGGCUCUGGUCUCCCUCAUCCUGCAGAAUCCAGUGUUCAGGCCCCCAGCCUGACCCCCCCCCAUUGCAUCAUCCCUCUGCCUGCCCUGGCCACGGUGGAAUUCUGGCUCCUGCCAAGUGGGUCAAAUAUCACGCAUUAGGAGUGGGGAGGGCACGUGGGCAGUGUGUCUAGGUAUAAAAGCUGUAGGGCCUGCAGCUAUCCCCAGAGUUUGGGUGUCCUGGCAGCUGGAAUCCCCAAGCAGGAGAACCUGGGACAUUGGCUACCUGAGCCACUGUGGGAAUUCACUGUCCGGGACCAGCCAGACCUGGACUCCAUCCUCCACCACUCUGCUCCUCCAGCCUUGCACCCCGGACAAGCACCAUUGAUGGACUGGGCAGGGGCUGAGUCUGAGCGCCCAGGGCUGUGGGUCCCUGCGCUGGCUGUCCUUCUGCUGGGAGCCUGCCAGGGGCGCCCGAUCCCUGACUCCAGCCCCCUCCUCCAGUUUGGGGGCCAGGUCCGGCAGCGGCACCUCUACACAGACGAUGCCCAGGACACAGAAGUGCACCUGGAGAUCAGGGCCGACGGCUCAGUGCGGGGCGCUGCCCACCGGAGCCCUGAAAGCCUCCUGGAGCUAAAAGCCUUGAAGCCAGGAGUCAUUCAGAUCUUGGGGGUCAGAACUUCCAGGUUCCUGUGCCAGAGGCCUGAUGGGACCCUGUAUGGAUCGCUCCACUUUGACCCUGAGGCCUGCAGCUUCCGGGAGCUGCUCCUUGAAGACGGCUACAACAUCUACCAGUCUGAAGCUCAUGGCCUCCCGCUGCGCAUGCUCCCCAGUGACUCCUCGUCCCGGGAUCCAGUGCCCCCAGGACCAGCCCGUUUUCUGCCACUGCCAGGCCUGCACCCAGCACCUCCGGAGCCAACAGGGAUGCUGCCCCCCGAGCCCCCGGAUGUGGGCUCCUCAGAUCCUUUGAGCAUGGUGGGGCCUUUACAGGGCCGCAGCCCCAGCUAUGCUUCCUGAAGCCAAGGCUGUUAAUUUAGCUUUUUAUUUAUUGGGUUAUUUAUCUUAUUUAUUUUUUUAUUUUUCUUACUUGGGAUAAUAAAGACUCUUAACAGAAGAGGAUCUAAGGAGUGUGUGUCAGUGCUGGAAGGAGGGAUGGCUCUGUGUCCUGUGUCCGCUUGACCCCGUGACACCUGCCACACCCCACCCCAAGUUCCCAGCUUCCCGCUGCUCCAUUUUCCUACUCUGACAGUGUCCCUACGGUCUGCAGGACAAUUCCUGCUCCUUACUCUUGAACAGAACAAGGUGUCUUCUUGGGUGAGUAGAUAGGGUGUUUGGUUUUGUUGCAGUACUGGGAAUGGAACCCAAGGCAUCUUAUAUGCCAGGCAAGUGCUCUGUGA